AUGAGACGUCAACUGAGUGCCGCAAUCUGCAACCGCAUCGUGGGCAUGCGCCAAGCUGGAGCCAAACAGAAUGCCAUAGCCACUGCUCUGGGAAUUACGCAGGGCGCAGUGUCCAAGAUCCUGAAGCGACAUCGACAGACAGGUGUGCCAACGCCUAGACCCAGGUCUGGACGUCCCCGAAAAACCACAGUGAGGGAGGAUCGUUAUCUGCACAGGCUGUCUCAUACUGGGCGUACAAAGACUUCCACCCAGCUGCGUAAUGAAUGGAUGCGAUUCACAAAUACUCCUGUCACGAGCCGGUUGGUACGCUACAGACUGUUGAACGUGGGUUAUUUUGCGAGGAGACCAGUAUGGAAACCUCUCCUGCAACGACGACACCGCCAAGCCCGCUUAGGCUGGGCACAUGACCACCUGAACUGGCAGGAUGGACAUUGGCGACACGUGGUGUUCAGUGACGAGUCUCGUUUCCUCCUUUACCGACACGAUGGCCGCGUGAGGGUUCGCCGUCAGGCUCAUGAGUCUCUGGCCGAAGGUUGUGUAUUGCCCAGAGUGCAAGCUGGGGGCGGCGGGGUAACCGUUUGGGGUGCAUUCCACAGUACCGCUAAAUGCGACUUGCAUGUCCUGGAUGGUAACAUGAACCAACACCGCUAUUGCCGGAUUCUGGAAACCAAAAUGCUCCCAUUUGCUAGACAGCACUUCGGGGCAAACUUUGUGUACCGAGAUGACAACACCCCGCCUCACAGGACCCAGCUGAUACGCGAUUUUCUGGAUCAAGAGGAUGUGGAACACAUGGAGUGGCCAGCCAUGUCCCCAGAUAUGAACCCGAUCGAGAACCUGUGGGCUGAAGUUUCACGUGGGCUGAAUAACAUGAAUGAGCCUCCAACAAACGUGGCUGAACUGACUAAGGCUGUGAUCCAAUGCUGGCGAGAAAUCCCGGUAGAAACUCUGACCAACCUAGUGACCAGCAUGCCCAGACGUGUACGGGCAUUGUACAACGCUAGAGGCGGUCACACAAAGUACUGA